AUGGCUGAUGAUAUAGAACAUGUUAAGAAGUAUUUAACCUCCAGGAAAGCAAUGAAAAAGGCAACCCACAAGGCCUUGGUGAAUUUGAAGGGCAUGCAAAACAAAUGCGCCUCUGCAAUCAAUGAGAAAAACGAGACUAAGGCCACAAUCAGCAUGUUAAGAGAGGUUGAAGCAAUCACUUUCACUGUGACCGAAUCCUUGUUGUCCUUUAUCUCAGGGCCAAGGACUCCAUCAAAGCUAAGCAGCUGGUCAUUAGUUUCCAAGCUAAUGGAACCAAAAAGAAUUGCAUGUGAGGAAGAUGAAGCAGACAUAAAUGUGUUCGAAAAGGUGGAUGCUGCAUUGUCUACCAUCAUUAGUCAAAAGACAGGCAAAUCUGAUAACAUCUCUCACGUUCUAAACCAGCUUAAAGAAUUGGAAUGCAACAUUCAAGAUCUUGAAGAAGGACUUGAGUGCUUGUCUAGGCGAUUGAUCAGAACGCGAGUGCCCCUUCUCAACAUCCUCAAGAAUUAG